CUAACUAUAUAGAUUUUAAAAGCAUUUUUUAUUUGUAUUAGUUCCUCCAACAAUGAAUAAAAAUAAAAGUAAUGACAUAAUUCAAGAAAUGGAAGGUAAGACCGUUACUGUUGCCUGUCCUUUGGAAACUGCUAAUCCCAGUCCUGCUAUCAUGUGGCAGAAAGAUGGCUAUCCCAUCUCAUUAUCUAGUCAUCCUUUAAUCACCCUCUCUUCCAACCGAUCCACUCUAACCAUUCGUAGAAUUCGACCGAUCAAUGGUGGCAUUUAUAAAUGCCUAGCCAGUAACAUCGCUGGCCACUCUGAACAUGACACGAGAUUGGAGGUAAUUGUACCUCCAAUGAUAGUGAACACGAACAGCGAACAAAGAAAUCCAAAUAUAAUAAAGAAUCAACCUCUAACAUUGAAUUGUAAAACCGAUGGAAUUCCUCAUCCAAAAAUAAAAUGGUUUAGAAAUAACACGAUAAUCAAUUCAGAUGAUUAUUUG